AUGGUGUCGGCCACUUUUGGGGAGAAGAUAAACACCGACCGCAUCGUGAUGGACAAGACGGCGAGGGAGGCCGUGCAGGAGCUGUACCCGGAGGCUUGCGCGAAGCACCCCAGGUUCCUUGAUGAGAUCGGACACGGCGAGACAAGGACAUUCACCGAGGAGCAGCUUAGGAACCGACUCGAGGUGGCCCACGUGUUCGUAAGCCUUGCCAACCUGGUGCUGCUGUCCCGCGGCAAGAACGUCCUCGCAGAGGACUUCAAGUACUACUCCCCCGGCACGGGCCGCCUCGACCGUGAGAGCUUUCUCCGGCUGACCAAGACCCUGGACGUUGCCUUCUCAACCUUCCGGGUCACGCCUACCGACUUCGUGGUGUACAAGGACGGAACGGUAACCUACCGGCGCAAGUUCAAGGCUGUGCACGACGGCUACCUCACCGUUGGCGACAAGACUUACCCCCCGAGCCAGACGAAGGUGAUCUCGGACGUGGAUCUGUGUGCGGUGUCCUUCGACGACAUGGGGGUCGUCCUUUCCUACGCGUACGGCCUCAUGGUGGAGGUCGUUUACGCCAUCGAAGACCCGGACGCGGUGGCGGAGAUCGAGGAGAUCAAGAAGAGGGUGGUCAACCAACAGGCCAAGAUGAAAUCGCUUGAGGGGCAAGAGUCUUCGAUCGCGUACUCCAAGUGCAAGUCCGACAUCGACGUGAUGAAGUUGGACAUGGAAGCUCUCCUGGAGAGGGUCAACUCUGCGCCCAACACCGAGGGGCUCGGCGGCAUCCCUGGGCUGUUCGCUGCGGUAGGGGCAAAAUUCCCCGAGGACCUGAAAAACUUGGAAGGCACGGACGCCGAGGGGGACAUCGAGGGCAUGCGUCUGGCGAGCUUCAGCUACCCCGUGGAGGUGAAGGACUACGAGGCCUUCGACACGGACUCUUUCACCGAAAUGAAAGACACAUAGUGUGUUUUUGUGGAGAACAUACGAGUUCCUGUUCUUUUUUUCGAGUGUUGUUGUUGACGCGAUUUUGUUUUCGAGAGGUGUGGGAAAAGCUUCAGCAUGGAGGCACGAGAGAAGGGAACAUCUCUCUAGUGAAACUUACUUCUUCGCCUUUGAUUGUUGACGCGGUCCUCUUUGAGGGGAGGGGGAAGAGUUUUCGCGGCGACACAAGGCAUCGAGAACAAUUCAAGUAGAAGCGGGAUUGUUGGGAAUGGGCGUGGUCAGAACACGAGCUUAACGUCCACGUGUGGUCAGAGUAGUCGGAUCGAUGCCCUGUUAUAAUAUACUAAAAGUGAAAUGGUUUGUUGGUUGAGUGUAGUCGUGAGUGCACGCGCAGGUCUCGAUUGGACCAUCUCCAUCUCUGGUUCGUGAGCUAAUCUUGUAUUGUAUGCAUACUUUUUUGUUUUUUUUUCACCAUCGAGUUCUGCACCAAACACAGCGCGCCGUCAAAAAGCAGGGGAUGGGGGCGCGCGGAGUGGUUGGGAAGGGUUGGCGCGAGUGCGCGGCGAGUGCGCGCGGCGUUGAUUUUUCUCCUCUUUUGGUUUGAGUUUUUCUCGCCCGAACCUCGGAAUUUUCAACUACGAAUAUAAGGGGAACGAGAAACGGUUUCGUGUUGAGUUGUAAGUCUCGAGUUUUGUUCGAUUUUUUGUCAUUGUGCAUAUAUAUGCAGGGCAAAAAACACGUGUCUCGUUUUUUUGGCUCCUUUUCUUUUCAGGGGCAGUUCACUCCGUCGCAUCGCAGUUUUGCUACUGCAUGUGGAACCCUGGGUAAUGUUCCUGUUUCGAACGGUUCACAGUU